AUGAUUUCUCCUAUCGGUGCCCUGCGCCGACCACUCCAAGCUGCCGUGAAGGACUUCCCGUCGCGGGUCCAGCUCCGAACCCCACAUGCCAGCUUCGGCUUCGGUCCUCUCCGCACGCUAAGAAGCACGAGUCAUCCUCAGAAGGCCGCCAUCUUCUCCUCGGCCUUCUCAACACGCGCUACGUACUCAAACCACACACAGGAUAAACGCAAAUCAGACACAAACUACUGGGGAUCAAAGUCUAUGGGAACACCUCUGGCGAUGAGCUUUGAGUCACUCGGCAUCCGCAAGAACACGCAGCUUUUCAUCAUGCUCAUUCUCGCCGUCGGAGCUGUAUUGGAGACUUUGCUUUGGGGCGAGAAGGCCUGGCUGUGGUGGAAAGGGGAGGAAGGAGAUCGUCUUGAAUAG